UUCCUCCCCUUUUUUGAGAGUCUUAAGUAUCAGGAGCUUCUUACUGGUGGAAGAUUAUUAAAUUCCCAGCACAGACUUGCUCACUCGGAUCACUCAGGGCAUCUCUCUGCACAGGAGCUUACUGGAAACAGGCUCUUUUUCGGGUCACCGGACGCUGUUUAGAUCUCAUUGUGUUGACACCGCCAGCAUGACCAAAAGCAGCGGAGAGAAGCCGCGGGCGCGCAAUCGCGUGCAGCACUUCCGCGAGGGGAUCCACGCGCGUUCCUUGAUGGCGCGGAAGAAGGUGGAGGACAUCACUAAAGAUGACGUCAAGAGCUUUCUGAGGAGAAACGCUUUCGUGCUCCUUACCAUCGGAGCCGUGUUCUUUGGCAUCACGUUGGGAUUUGCUUUGAGGCCGUACAAGAUGUCUUACAGAGAAGUCAAGUUUUUCUCCUUUCCUGGAGAACUAUUGAUGAGAAUGCUGCAGAUGCUGGUGCUCCCUCUACUGGUCUCGAGUUUAAUUACAGGUAUGUCAGCGCUGGACAGUAGCGCCUCUGGGAAGAUGGGCAUGCGUGCAGUUAUAUACUACAUGACCACGACUUUCAUCGCAGUGUUUAUCGGCAUCAUUAUGGUUCUGAUCAUCCAUCCUGGUAAAGGCUCAAAAGAUGAAUUCACCAAACAGCAGAAGAUCGAGCAGGUCAGCCCUGCAGAUGCCUUCCUGGACUUGAUUAGAAACAUGUUUCCACCUAAUCUGGUCCAGGCCUGCACUCAACAGUUCAAGACCCAGUAUGGCAAGAGGAUCAUUCAAGUGAAGAUCAUAGUAAAUGAUUCCAUAUUUAACCUAACUAACUCCACCCAGGAGAUUACAGAAGAGGAGGUUAUUCCUCUGCCUGGCAGCACAAAUGGGGUUAAUGCCCUCGGGCUGGUGGUGUUUUCAAUGUGCUUUGGUUUGAUCAUUGGGAACAUGAAGGAACAGGGACAGGCUCUCAGAGAUUUCUUUGACUCGCUCAAUGAGGCCAUCAUGCGACUUGUUGCUAUUAUUAUGUGGUAUGCACCCGUUGGAAUCCUCUUUCUGAUCGCUGGAAAAAUCGUAGAGAUGGAUGAUAUCACCGCAAUGGGUGGUCAGCUGGGCAUGUACACUAUCACGGUCAUAAUCGGCCUCAUGAUACAUGGUAUUAUUGUUCUACCAACUUUGUUCUUCGUCAUCACACGAAAGAACCCCUUCAUCUUCAUCACGGGUAUACUGCAGGCCCUCAUCACAGCUCUCGGUACAUCUUCCAGCUCAGCCACUCUACCGAUCACCUUCAAAUGCCUGGAGGAGAAUAACAAAGUGGACAAACGCGUGACUCGAUUCGUGCUUCCUGUUGGAGCCACGAUUAACAUGGAUGGAACAGCGUUAUAUGAAGCCCUAGCAGCCAUAUUUAUCGCUCAGGUUAAUAACAUGGAAAUGAACUUUGGCCAGAUCCUAACCAUAAGCAUCACAGCCACUGCUGCGAGUAUUGGGGCUGCCGGCAUCCCUCAGGCUGGUCUGGUCACCAUGGUGAUUGUACUGACCUCUGUUGGACUGCCGACUGAUGACAUCACCCUCAUCAUUGCAGUUGAUUGGUUCCUGGAUCGACUGCGCACUACAACCAAUGUCCUGGGAGAUUCCAUAGGAGCUGGAAUCGUGGAGUUCCUGUCCCAAGAUGAGCUUCAGAAUGCUGAUGUGGAGUUGGGAAGUUCUGUGCUAGAGGAGAAUGAAGUGAAGAAACCUUAUCAGAUGAUCCCUCAGCAGAACGAGUAUGAGAAUGAGAAACCACCAGACAGUGAAACCAAGAUGUAGUCUGAAUAUUUAAUGUCCAACCAAGGAUUUGUGUGUGUGCGUGCGUGCGUGCGUGCGUGCGUGCGUGUGUGUGUGUGCGUGCGUGCGUGUGCGUGCGUGUGUGUGUUUAUGUAUGUGUAUGUACGUUGGCAGUGGCCCCAAGUAUAGGACAUCAGUGUAUUUGAAUUAUAUAACAAAAUAUUAAACCGAGUGUCACUUCAAUGUUUUUAAGUGAAACGCAAAAAAGGUUUUACAUGUAAAAUCAAUAGCUAUAUUCAAAGUUGAGACAAAAGGUAUUUGGACACUUUCUGGUUGUCAAACUUUGUGGAACAUGUGUAUAGUUAAUGUGAUGUCUAUGUGGUAGAGGAACUAUCUUUGGUGGCUCUGGUAGGACAGCUGUGUGAAUUUAAGGGGAACUGAAUUUAAACAUCUACUAAAAUGAUAUUCAGACAAAAUGGUUAAAAGUAUUUUUUUUAAAUGGCUACGCCAUGUAAGACAAGUUAUUUCUGGAAGAAAGGGGUUCUUCAGCAUUUUAGCUGACGUUUCAAGAGCCAUUUGUUCAUUGUUUCAUUAUUGUUGGGUUUUUCUUUUCCUUUUACAGCAACUUCUUGGGUCAUACCUAAUGUUAAUUUGAUUUGGCAGGAAAGUUUUACCUUUACAAAAAAUAUAAUAACACAUUUAUUUAUGUGUCCUGCAUGGGCUGGAUCUGCAUCUAAACAUGGAGUAUAAAAUGUGUAAAUAUCUAACAUUUAUGUUUAGUUUUAUAAGCUGCUUUACAGAUCUUUCUACGUAUCUUUACACAUAAGUCGUCUCAUUAAUAUUUCUUAUAACAUUUCAGGAGAUAUUAUGCAGUUGUUUUUUAUUUUUCGCAGUACUGCACAACUAACUGAAAACAGCAAACAUACAUGCAUUCAUUCAUAAAGCUUUAUAUUGUUUUCUGUUGUCCUGCAAGAUUUUCACUGACCCUUUUGUCAUUUGUCACAUAAAUAAUAAAUACAAAUAAUUCUUAGUUGCUGCUGGUUAUUAAUUGUAAGUAAAGGGGCUGAAUGUUUACUUCUUAAGAGUCCUGGGAUUGCAAUGACAUGCUUAACUGGGUCAUUUUAUGACUGAAAACAUAAAUGCUAUAAACACAAACUGGGAUCUCAUGUUUGUUUGCUUCCGUUUUUUCAAUUGCUGUAUAUUUCCUGCAAGGCCAUUAAAAUGGGUGAUUAGAAAUUCUAUAGAAUAGAGAAUAUAAGGAUUGUAUGUGCUGAAUAGUUUUGAAUAAAAUAGAAAGUAAAAA